AGUCAGCGGCAUCGGGUGUCUCGCAGGGAACAGUCCCGCGCUCGCUCCCUGUGCGGGGACGCUGCAAACACAAUGCGCAGGUGACAAGAACCCGCUUCCAGGAGUUCGUCUCUGACAUGUGCCGGCUCGAGGACUAGAACAGCGCUGACUUUACCGUCCGGAGCGCCGCGGGAGGAUGCACUGCCUCUCUGGCGUCACCAUCACCCCACAACUCCAUGGCUACCACAUUAGGGGUACUCUGGAGAAACAGGUGUCGGGGAAGUGACGUCACGAGCCUCGGAAACCGGAGGUGUGCGCUUUGGAGAGCAAGAUGGCAGCGAAAUCCGACGGUCGGGGGGUCGUCACCGGUUUCGCCCAGCUGCACAACCUGGACGAGACGGUGGGGAGCUGCGAGGACGACCCGCGGCAGAGCAGCUCCUUCCACAUCUGCCACUGCUGCAACACCUCGUCGUGCUACUGGGGCUGCCGAAGCUCCUGUCUGCGUUACCUCCUGGGCAAGGGGAGAGACGUCAGGCGGCCACCUCACGAAGAGCGCCUGUGGCUGGACUGCCUGUGGAUCGUCCUCGCGCUCCUCGUCUUCUUCUGGGACGUGGGCACUGACUUAUGGCUCGCGCUCGACUACUAUGUCAAGCAGGACUACCUCUGGUUCGGACUCACACUGUUCUUCGUGCUGGUGCCGUCGGUGCUGGUCCAGAUCUUGAGCUUCAGGUGGUUCGUGCAGGAUUUCACGGGGGGCGGUCUGGCCUCCGUGGAUGGUCUUAGCAGCAGCCGGAGAGCCACGGCGGGCACGAGCGCAGGGGUGUACGGCAGGGCCAGAUGCUGCCGCGCAUCAGUGUGGAUCUGGCAGACGCUCAUACACAUCCUCCAGAUGGGACAAGUGUGGAGGUACAUCAGAACAAUGUAUCUUGGCAUCCAGAGCCGCAAACAAAAGGAGAACCAGCGACGCUUCUACUGGGCCAUGAUGUAUGAGUAUGCAGAUGUCAACAUGCUCCGUCUACUGGAGACAUUUCUGGAAAGCGCACCACAGCUGGUUCUCCAGCUCUGCAUCAUGAUUCAGAAGAACCGGGCCGAAACUCUGCAGUGUGUGUCAGCGGUUGCGUCUCUUCUCUCUCUUUCCUGGGUUCUGGCCUCGUACCACAAGCUUCUGCGUGAUUCUCGUGAUGACCAAAAGAGCAUGAGCUACAGGGGAGCAGUGGUGCAUCUUCUAUGGCGUUUCUUCACCAUUUCUUCUCGGGCACUAUCUUUCGCCCUCUUUGCCUCAGUUUUCCACAUCUACUUUGGCAUUUUUGUGGUGCUGCACUGGUGUGCCAUGGCCUUCUGGGUAAUUCACGGAGGCACCGACUUCUGUAUGUCCAAGUGGGAGGAGGUGCUAUUCAACAUGUUGGUAGGCAUAGUCUACGUCUUCUGCUGGUUUAACGUCAAGGAGGGAAGGACCCGAUACCGCAUGGUGGUUUAUUAUUUGCUGGUGCUGGUGGAAAAUACCAUCCUUACCGCUCUGUGGUACACCUACAGAGACCCGGUCACUACCGACUCCUACGCUGCAUCCGCCCUCUGCGGCGUCUUCCUGUGCUUUGCUUCCGGAGUGGCCUGCAUGGUUCUUUACUACGGGGUCCUGCAUCCUAUGGGGCCCCGGAUGAGGGUGCUGGCCAGUUCCUGCUGUGCUGAGCUGCUUUGGGGCCUCCCCUUACCACCUGAGGCUGAGCCCAUGGCUCCCACUCCAGGGCAUCGGGGCUCCCAAGCUACCCCGACCAGGGGUAUGGCUUCAGGGGACUACGGCGAGCCGGAGGAGGCUGCCACAGACACUUGUCUACCGGUGUUCCAGGUGAGGUGCACAGAACCCACCGAUGCGGCGGGUCGGCCCAUCCCCCCCGAGGGGCCCCUCAUCAAGAUCGACAUGCCCAGGAAGCGCUAUCCAGCCUGGGAUGCUCACUUUGUGGACCGACGUUUGCGGCGAACCAUAAACAUCCUCCAGUACAUCAGCCCCAACGCGGUGGGCAUCAGGUACAGGGAUGGACCCCUCCUUUACGAGUUGCUUCAGUACGAGUCCUCCCUGUGAAGACAUGCAAUGCUGUUCUUUCUCUAAUUUCAUGCCCUCUCUGGUUCUCCACCUCCCUUGGUGCUUUUUUCUUCAGAGUUUUUAUUUAGUUGUACUCUCAAGCUAUAAGAGUUCAUCUAAAAGAGUCUAAACAGAGAAUAUUCAACAUAUAUUUUGACUAACACAGUGUAAAGUUGGAGAACAAAUAGUUCGAAAUACAACAUUCCCUAGUUUGGGUUACUAUGGUGUGAAUGUUCAGCUAAUGUGUAUGUUUGAUGGUGUUUGUGGCCCUGUUGCCUCUGUCACGUGCAUGAUGGGAAUGAUGGAGGAACAUAUUCUUUAGCAUCCUCAUUCUUUUUUCGCUUUUACCAUUUUGUGCCUACGUUUUUCCCAAACAGUUGUGGUGAUGACUGAUCUUAAAGAUUGCAAGUGAGUCAAUAUCAGCUAGACACUAAAAAGCACAUUUGAUUGUCAGAAAAAGCACAUGAUGCCACACUCAUUUUCUCUUGUGAUUAAGGGGGAAGAGACUCAAAUUGCGCCAAAAAGAUACAAUCGCUUUUUUCAAGCAAAAUGCAAUGAUGUCAUUGGUGUAAAAUUUUGGUGUUGGCCUACCAUAUAACACUGCCGCCGCAAUUUUGAUCAUCGAGGUCCUUAAUAUUUAUCUUAACAUGUCUUUUUUUUACCCAUCUAUAAAAUGUGAAAAUGCACUUUAAGGCCACAAGAUUGAAUGAAUGGGACAUAUUUUCUUACACUACUGUAUUCACUAUUGUUCAAAAGUUUGGGAUUAGUAUGAUUUUUUUUUUUUAUAGUGAAAAGGUUAAAA